AUGUCCAGUCCAGGGGCAAGCGAGGAGACUACCCUCCUUGAUACCUUCGACUCUCACGAGACCCAAGAAAUCUACAAUAUCAAACCGCAUCCGGCCACCAGCCGCCUCAUAGAUUCCUACCCAGUCACUCGUGCAAAGCCCAUGCGCGUUCUAUGCCUCGGGCAAUCAAGAACAGGCACCACGCCCCUCUUCAUGGCCCUUAAAAAAUUAGGCUACACGCCAUACCACAUGUCCCUUUCCCUUAGCAGCCCCAAGACGAACCUUGGUCUCUGGCGUGAAGCUCUCGAUGCCAAGUUCUACGGGAAGGGCAAGCCCUGGGGCCGUGAAGAAUUUGACAAAAUACUCGGGCGGUACGAUGCUGUGGCUGAUCUGCCGGCCAUCUGCUUCAUUGAAGAGCUCGUGGCUGCGUAUCCUGAAGUCAAAGUUAUCGUCACCCAGCGCGAUGUUGAUAGCUGGCUUCGAAGUAUGGACUCGACGAGAGGCCGAGUCCUCCGGUGGCCUCUGUGGAAUACUCUUGCGAGAUGGGAUACCAAACUAGCUGGCCCGUUCUGGGAGUUUUCAAAGAAAGUCACGCCCGCCAACUUUCACACCAUAACAGACUUCUCUGAUAAGUCGCCAGCUCGCCAGGCAUUUCACGAUCACUACGACCUCGUCAAGAGGAUAGUUCCAGCAGAAAGAAUGCUCGAGUUUGAAGUCCAAGCGGGAUGGGGUCCGCUUUGCAAAUUCUUGGAUAAGGAGAUCCCUGCGGAGGAGUUCCCGAGGCAGUAUGAUUCAAAACAGUUCGUUUUGGAACAUAGCUUGAUGUGGUGGAUUGCUUUUGCCAAGAUGGUUGGGAAGGCUUCUUUCAUGACUGCUGUAUCCGGAGUCAUUGCCUCGAUAUUUGCGAUGUGGAGGUUGAAAUAUGCUGUUAAGAUUGCUGCUAUGCUUAGGCCGAUCGCCGACUUGUCUUGA